AUGGCCUACACACAAACAUACCCUCAAUACCAGCGACCUUCAUACCCGGAUCAACAACCAAGCUGGAAUGGUGUUGAAUUCGCCUCCUCCAACUCCUUUGGGAACUAUCCUCAGUAUCCGAAGGACCAAUCUUACUACGAUCCCAACCCUGAGCUUCCAACCGAGCAGAAUGCCCCGUCCCCGGUCUAUUCGCAGUAUCUGAAUUUCGAUGCUGCUGGUCAGGACUCUGGGCUAUCAACAACAAAUGAUACCAUGUCCUCAGAACCAUUCUUCAAUACUUCGUCAAUCUCAACAGACAACUCUCAGCAAUUCGCCGACUUCCCCAUCAAGCCCGAGCCGGGCUAUGAGCAGAACGACCCGUCCUUCUCAUGCGGUCUUAAUCUGAUUCAGGGUGACAGCCUGUCCCCGCGGAGUUGUGGAACAGUCCCAGCAUGCCUGCAACUCCUCAACAACCCCGAGAUGGAAGACUUCAACCUGUCGGCCCUCUCGCCGAAGAUGUCCAACCAGGACGAGGAACUCACAAGAAUGCCAUCCAGAAUCAGUACCGGUAACGUCAAACAAUUGAGAAGGGCCAGUAACGACAGCCUCCCCAAGACACGAGGUAGGCGGGCACGCAAGGGUUCUUCGAGCGAUGAGGAAGCGGCGCAAGCCCGAGCAAAACAAGCCCACUCGAUCGUUGAACGACGGUACCGUGACAACCUCAACGGCAAGAUCAUGCAGUUGCACCGCACGCUGAACGCUAUUGGAUCUCCCGCUCGCCUGGCCGGCCUCACGACGGACGAAGCGCCGAGUAUGCACGACCCACGAACAAGGGUGCGUAAGUCCGACGUCAUGACAGACGCGGUCAACUACGUCCACCAGAGCGAGGUGUCAAUGCGGCACAUGACGGACGAGAUCAAGCGACUGAACGACAGAGUGCGGACGCUCGAGAAGCUCGUCAAGUGCGAAGACUGCGCCCUGCUCAAGCAAAUGGUCCGACUGCAGCUCCAGUCGCAACAACAGGCGCAACAAGCGCAACAGUCACAGAUGUCGAUGCAGCAACCAUAA